CGAUGACCGUCACCGAACUUGGCACUCCAGUUUUCACUUAUCCGGGAGGAAGGAACCGGUACAUGAAGGUCCUUUUCUGUGAAGAGAGAACAAAGCAAAAAGCGAUUCGGCGAUUGGGGUUCCGCGAAAGUUCGAACGCCCUCUCUUCCUGUGGCGAUUUGCUCGCCAUUUGCUUGCCAAGUUUUCAAUAGCUCAGUAAAAUCGCAAAAAAAGAAAUUACAGAGAGCAAAAUCAUAAUUCUGGUCCGAAUUACCAACGAGAGGGUCCUGGAGAAUCUGUUCAUAACAGUUAUGAUCCCAUCUUCAACCAGGCAGAUGUAA